CAAUCCCAAACCCACAGAGAGAACCAUCGGUGUGUUGUAAGUGUUUUUUUCAUCAACCAGUAGGUACGAGUGUGAAAUAGAUUUUAAGACAGGAGAGCAUAGCACCACCGAGUGCUCACUUCUUUUGUGGAAGUUGCAUCAUUGACUAUUCGCAGGGUCCUUUUUUGGUGUUGGUCAUCGUAUCGCUCGACGUCAACUGCAAUCGGAUUAUCCCAUCGUACUACGUAGUCACGUAUCCCCUUUGCUAAGUUUAGUGUACACAACCACGACUUCCUAAGAAAACUCUAGCCACCCUGAACAAGAGUGCAGUUUUUUUCCCACCUAUCAAGUGUUGCAUGUAAAAAUCCUGAUUCUGAUUGUUUGAUUCAACAAGGCAAAUAAACGUUGAGUUGCGCCACAGCUGAGCCAGGAGCAUCUUACUUGGCAUACGAAACGUGUAUCCGCAAGAACGACGAACCCUCAACAGUUUAGCAGUUUUUGUGAACAAUCGAAACUAACCAGUAGGAAAGGUUCGAGGAAGCUUUGAUUCAAGACCUAUCCCAAGAAAGAUUGAUUGUCGAAGGAAAUAGUACCAGUUUCCAACGAGUAUAUUGUAAAACUCCACAAGCAGCAGCAAAAUGGCUUCCGCGGCAGAAGUAGCGAAGCACAACUCCGAGGGGGACUGCUGGGUGAUCAUCGACGGAGAAGUUUUCGAUGUCACCAAGUUUCUGCCGGACCACCCCGGCGGUCCCAAAGCGAUCGUCAUCUACGCUGGCAAGGACGCCACGGAGGAAUUCGACAUGCUGCACGAGCGAAAGGUACUUAGUGGGAAAUAAAAUGAAACGGGUUUUAUUUCUUGUUGUAAAAAUAGAUGAAGUCUGCAAGAAGAUGUAGAAGUGAAUCCUCCGAUACUGCACUCGAUAUGUGAAUGCUCUAAGCUCGAUGAAUACGUGCUUGCUGGCAUAGAAUUACUUUUCGAAAACGAAACAAAAACAAAAAGGUGAUUGAAAAAUACGGAAUCAAGAAGGGCGUGGUGACAAAAAUCGGAAAAUUCUAUGAAAUGCGGAAAAUCUUCCGACAGAAGAUGGUUCAGUUUCAAAUUUUACACGUUCCGAAUGUGAAUGCCUUUUCAGCGGGGCCAAGUCUUUGCGUUUUCCCCAACUGUUUUAUGGAAAUUUAGAAGUACACAAAUUGCGCAAUAGAAAUAAUCGCGGACCGACGGCCUGCUGUUGCAGUAAAAAUCGACGCGUGCAUAUCUAUUCGAAAAAAAGAGAAAACAAAACCGUUUUCCGGCACGAGAGUUUUUCCGUUGCAUAUCGGGAAGUGAAGUAUCACUUUUGGCGAUCCUUGAAGAGAAGAUGAUAGAAGAGCAACAAAACACCACCACCAGAAAACGUCAACACAACCCGAGAUUCCGCAUCGCCGCAGAAAGACCAGUUUUGAUGACUAUCAAGCGUAUGAAAAAUAAAUUUUCCUUCUUUCGGACAUGUCAUCUCAUUUGUGUGUUGGAAAUUCAACUAGAGACGAUGUCGUCUGGUGUAACUAUACCAAUCUACCACGACUUUUUGAGUAAGUAAGGACAAAAAAAAUAUAUUUUCCGAAGUUUGCAGAUUGAUGAUUAUCCUCGGAACAGUGGUAUGAAACGAAAACGUAAGUACAGGAACCAAUCGGAUGAUCACGAUCAGCAGACUCCUAGUAGCCAUAUGAAAGAUUUGCCGAAGAUCCAUCUGGGUCAACGUUCCGUCCUCAGCCCUUCGAACCUCUGUUAAAACUUCUUGGAAAAAUUUUUUUUCUGUGAAGGGAAAAAAGCUUUUAUCUGUGAUUUGAAAUAGCGACAAUUUUUCCAAUACUUACAAAAGUUUGUAGUUUUGAUCGAAAAAAGAAAAGUUACCGGAGUAGGGAAGGAACAGAUCAAGUAGUUGCGCCUCGCACAAGAAAACUUCUUGGAUGUAUUUUGUGAAUGGUAGACAAGAAAGAAGGAGGCAAUCACAUGAUUAAGCAACCUCGAUG